AUGCUGCCGUCGCGUCUUCGCCGUGGCAGUCAAGCGCUGCAGUGGCCCUCGCUGUCUCCUCUUGCCUCCAAUCGCCUGUUCUCUGUACGCACGUUCCAGGACUUGGGGCUCGACGCGCGCCUUGUCUCGGGGCUCAACGAGAAGCACAUUACGACGCCCACUGACAUCCAAGCGAAGAGCAUUCCAGCCAUUCUGGCGCGAACCAACGUGCUGUGUACAGCGCAAACCGGUACAGGCAAGACACUGGCGUACUUGGUUCCCGUGGUCGAGCAACUGCUGCGCAAAGAGGCGGCCAGGCAGAAACAGUACGAGAGUCAGGGCAACAAAAGCCCUACCGAGGUCGUUCGGGGACGUCCUGGGGCAUUGGUGCUGCUGCCUAGUCGAGAACUCGCGUUGCAAGUGGCUUCAGUAGCCAAGCAGCUGUCGCACUCGGCCAAGUUUGCCUCUUGUACAGUCACGAGCGGCGAGCGCAAGAGCAUCCAGCAGAAAAACACGGCACGCAGACUGGAUCUCAUCAUUGGCACGCCUGGACGCGUGGCCAAGUGCAUCAGCAUGGGAGACUUUUUCAUCUCCCGUAUUGAUACCGUCGUGGUUGAUGAAGCUGAUACAAUGUUUGACGCCAAGAUGGGCUUCCGCAAAGAACUAGAUGCAGUGCUAGAACCGAUCCAAGCCAGUGCGGCCAAGCGCAAUCAACCGCUGCAGGUGAUCUUGGCAGCCGCUACGAUCCGCUCGCCGAUCGAUCAGGUUCUGAGGAAGAAGUUCAACGGCCUACGUGUCGUGAGCGACGACAAGAUCCACAAGACGCCAACGACCAUCAAAGAGGAAUUCGUGCGCGUGAUCCCAGAGUCCAAACACUCGGCUUUGCGUGAGACGCUGCGUCUCCGCAGGCGGCAUGCAGCAAAGACGAUGAUCUUCUGCCGCAACUCAGCAAGCGUGCGGUCCACCGAGCACAUGCUGCGCGAGCACGGCUUUCAGGCAUCAGUCUGUCUGCAUGGUGACAUGCCACCGGCCAGACGUCGUGACGCCAUUCAAGCGUUUACUGAGGAUGCCAAUGUAAAUGUCCUCGUGUGCACAGAUCUUGCUGCUCGUGGUCUAGAUUUUGACUCGGUGAAGCAUGUCAUCAUCUUCGACUUCCCCAAGACUGCUGUUGACUACGUUCAUCGCGCUGGACGAACCGGUAGAGCGGGUGAGCCAGGCCUUGUGACCAGUCUAGUGACGAAGCACGACCUUGCGCUCGCUAUGAGCAUUGAGAACUCGAAACGCAGUGACAGCACGAUCAAGGAACUGCGUGAAGACGCGUCUGCAUCUUCUCCGAUCACUGCAUCUCGACAACCAGCGUCAAGUGAUGAAGUAAAGGAAGACCAAGCGCGUAGAUAUCCCCAAAACGUGCGAGGCGGCUUUGGUCGAGGCACGAAAAAGCUGCCGAAGCACAAGAUUCGGACACCACGUCCGAGUGGGUAA